AAGCAUGUGCAUGUCGACGUCACUUUCUCGGAAAACAACAAAAACAAAACGUCCUCUUGCUACAGCAUCUACUUUGCAUGCUCUGUCAGCUGACUCGAUUUUAAAACAUUUUUAAAGGAAUACGGGUUAUCUUUCCGUGGAUUUUCCUUCGUGUUUGUGUUAGUAAAUUACUCCGUAGUGACAUGUUUCACUGGCUGUAGUACGACAAGCAGUCGUACGACAAGAGUCCCGCCGGGGGUAAACAUUGGGACACGACGUUGCAACACAACGACCAGAAAAGCUUCGACUUUACAAUCAACACACUUGAUCCUUCGCACAAUUAUAUUGAACAUAUCGCCGUGUAGUCAGGCAACUAGUGACUUUGGAUAGCCAUGGCUCAGCAAAGAGGAGUCAAUAGUCUCCAGUUCAACCAAGACCAGAGCUGUUUCUGUUGUGCUAUGGAAACCGGGGUCAGGAUUUACAACGUGGAGCCCCUGAUGGAGAAAGGCCAUCUUGACCACGAGCAGGUGGGCAGCGUGGCCCAGUGCUCCAUGCUGCACCGGUCCAACCUGCUAGCGGUGGUGGGAGGUGGAGUCAACCCCAAGUUCUCCGAAAUCUCAGUGCUGAUCUGGGAUGACGCAAGCGAGGCAAGGGACCCCAAGGACAAGCUGGUGCUGGAGUUCACCUUCACCAAGCCCGUUCUGGCUGUCCGCAUGAGACAUGACAAGAUCAUUAUUGUUCUGAAGAACAGAAUCUACGUGUACAGUUUCCCGGACAACCCCGUCAAGCUGUUUGAGUUUGACACCAGGGACAACCCCAAAGGACUGUGUGACCUGUGUCCUAGUAUGGAGAAACAGCUUCUGGUCUUUCCAGGUCAUAAAUGUGGCAGUCUACAGCUUGUUGACCUGUCCAACACCAAACCGGGCACGUCGUCGGCCCCCUUCACCAUCAACGCCCACCAGAGUGAGAUCGCGUGCGUGGCGCUGAACCAGCCGGGCAGCGUGGCGGCGUCGGCCUCCCGGAAGGGCACCCUCAUCCGCCUGUUCGACACGACCACGCGGGACAAGCUGGUGGAGCUCCGCCGGGGCACGGACCCCGCCACCCUAUACUGCAUCAACUUCAGCCACGACUCGUCGUUUCUCUGUGCGUCCAGUGACAAGGGCACGGUCCACAUCUUCGCCCUGAAGGACACCAAACUCAACCGACGCUCCGCGUUGGCUCGCGUGGGGAAGGUGGGCCCUGUGAUUGGCCAGUACGUGGACAGCCAGUGGUCCCUGGCCAGUUUCACCGUGCCCGCCGAAUGUGCCUGCAUUUGCGCAUUUGGGAAGAAUACGUCGAAGAAUGUGAACUCAGUAAUUGCCAUUUGUGUUGACGGCACAUUCCAUAAGUACGUGUUCACACCCGACGGAAACUGCAACCGCGAAGCCUUCGAUGUUUACCUGGACAUAUGUGAUGAUGAUGACUUCUGAGACGAGGGCCGAUAAAGCAGCAGGCGAUGUGUACUGAACAGUGAAGAGACUCCAGUUAACCUCCAGCGGUGAGGUUCAAAAUCUAUCCGCUUGUAACAUCACAAGUUGGCGUGUCCACCCAUAUGUACGGUGGAUAGAUGACUGGGGAGUUCAUCUAUUCGUCCCACAUCUGGGAGGACACUCCCAUUUGGGAUGUCACAAAGGCUACAUUUGAAAUUGGCCUCAAACUUGGUGGUUUAAUAGGGUCCGUUUAAGGCAAAGGUUGGGAGGAGUUGGGGAGAAAGUACUGAAGUACUGAAGCACCUCCUUAACUGCGUUUGUGACUUUCGUUGAUGUUCGAUAGGAAUGCAUAACGUUGUUGUUAAGCCCGGUUUUAUGCUUGUAUCAAUUUUAUUUUUACAACAAUGGAUAAAAAUACUGUUUUCUAUCUGUGAAAUCAAAGAAUUGUGUUAUGAUUCUGAAGGAUGAAUGUGUAAAACCUGUUUUUAAUACCAAAAAACCCAGCACAUAAUAAUUUGGUAUAUAAUCUCAUUGAAGAAUGUAAUGUUACAUGUUGCUAAAUUUGCUAACUUUUGUGUUGUAGACUUCGCAAGGUAUAAUGGGUUGAUUCAGUCAGUUCUUUAAAGAGAAAUAGCCCACAGACCGAUAAUAUCGCUGUCAUAUCCCUGUACAGAACUAUAAAGUAUAAUAAAAUCCUUGUUCAAAAGUA